AUCAUCUGACACGCCGUCACGAAACAUCAUCUGAUCUCCUCCGUGCAGCAACAUGGCUUCCUCCUCGAGAAUCUGCGGCGGCUUCCUGGUGCUUGCUCUGCUUCUUCUGUCCUCCGUCCCCGGUGCCGAGGCGCUGGACACAGGAGACGCCGUGGCUAUCCUACUGGGCAUGGCGAUCACGGUGGUGGGCUUCUGCGCUUGCUUAGGCUGGUACGCCCGGUCGAGGAGCGGCCGCCUGUGAGGCCUGUGGUAUUUUCUGCGGCGAUCUUGCGUGCUUCGGGUAGCCCGUGCGAUACAGAGACUCUGGAUCACAUGCAGUGAUCAGAUGCAAUGACUGAACUCUCUUCGCCCGCACAUCUACGGAGAUCAGAAGGGGACCCGUGGCCUCGCUCCCAAACCACACAAAUCUACGAUUUUUUUUCCUCCGAAUUGAAAACGAAAAUGCUUCUCGUCGGGGGAGACAAUGGAUUUUUCCUCAUUUGAGCAGAAAUUGACGCGGCGGCUUGGAGGGGCGUUGUGCUUCAGAAGUGAAGAUGUUCAUGAACUUUGCUUAUAUUUGUAAUGACGAAUGUAUUGACCUGACUACACUUGAUUUCUGUGCUAUUUCUCGUUUCUUCUUUAGCAGGCUCCUUCUUCCUUGUUUCUGAAACACGACCAUCUAUGCAUGUGAACUUUAUUUUCCAUGUAACACUUUUCUGUAAGUUGUUACCCAAGACUGGUGCUCUGCAUCUUACCAAAUGGUCAUUUCUUGCGUGAGAUGUCUUUAAGUACGCAGAAGAGCGAGCACUCGAUUUUCCUGUUAAGCACAUUUUUAUUAUAACGUGACUGAAACUUUUCAGCCCGGUCUGGACUGUGGUUUUCAUUAAUUUCAUCAAUCUGUUAUAAGACCACGAGAAGUACUCGUACGAAAAUGGUUUGCGUAAUGUGCCUUGAAUUAAUUUAAUAAUGUGCCGAUUGAGGAACCGUACGUAUUGCUAGACCCUUUUAUAUAGUGGAAAUAUAUGUAAUAAUGGCCAUUUGGUGUGUAAGAUUAUAUUCCAUUACAUUUAUAUUUAAGCGGGUGAAAACUGUAAUUGUGAGUUCAUGACCCAGAGAUUCUGUCAAUAUACUCUGAAUCGAUCUAGGCCUACCUAUUAAGUUUCAGAUAAUGUUAUAAAGUUAUCCAUGUAAUUUUUAUGAGACUACAUAAUCAUGUUUAUGAUCUUUUUUUCUUUUAUGUUUCAGUGUAAUUCUCUUAACCCUGCGUUUGUAGUAGCCUACGCCAGCCCUUAUAACCAAGCAAUGGCUUGUUUUCUAAGUUACAGACUCUGUUUUUGUUAUUGUGCCUCAGCAUAUUUGAUUAAAAUCCCUUUCAUCGA